AUGUUCAGGAUUUCUUCGCUCAAAUCACCAGUCAGCUCCAAAGCAAGACUGAUUCGCAAAUUCUUUUGGAAUGAUCGUAAAGAUACCGAGGCUUCUGCAGAAUUCUCUCUUACUUCACCUACGCCUUCAAUCUCUCUGUCAACCUGCUAUCCUAAUAGCUCGUCUCGUAGACCUUCGGUCACUUUGCAUAGACACUAUUCUCCCCGAUCCCCUCGAUCUUCCGGUACUCUGCUUUCUGGAUGGCAGCACGAUACCAGUUCUUCACCGCGCUCAUUGGCCUGCUUCGAUCAUGUUAAUUCUUUUUCUCUUCCUUGC